ACCGAGGGGAUAUGUAGAUCUGUGUGUGUGUAAUAUCAGAGCAGCACAUCAGCGUUCCUGUCUGUCUGGUUGCGGUCUCGUUUUUGUGUCAUCCGCAAGCUCAGCAUCUCGGAUGCGUCUUGAUUUACGGCGGCAGUGCCCGCAUGGCUCCGGGAUCGGGUGGCAAUGCCAGCUGGAGUGCCAGCCAGUGACCAAGAGGAGUCAGGUCCAGAUGGGCUGUUUACUUUGUGUGCUGCAACAACUGAGUCUGUGUCUUUGUCGAUGAGGGUGUGGUUACCUGUAAACUAUCUGAAGAUCGUCAAUAUAAACACACACGCAAACCCAAACAAAGUGGAUCAGAGGAAAUCCUCUAAAACAGCUCGAUACGGCAGUCAGCAACGCUCUUUAAAAAGACGGGACUCCUGCCGAUGUGUGGUGGUGUGUUCAGAAAGCAGAUAUCGAUGAAACGAUGGAUGCCGAUGGGGUGGAGGCAGCUGGAUGGUCCCAUAAUCGACAUGUGGUCACUUAGAAAGAGGGAAGCAACAGUGGGCAUGGAUUUUCUUCCUCUUUGAUUUAUGUAAACCGGCACAGACCCAUAAAAACACUGAGAGUCAGCCCACUUUGAUUUUCCUAAUUGGAAUUCAUAUCUAAUUGAUCAAAAAUGUGUAAAAGCGGCAUAAUCCAAGUGACCUCUUCUGACAUGCUGCAAACAUUGUGUUAGUAUGGAGUAAAGAUGAAGCAGAUUUAAUCUGCCAGCAUAAACGGUGUUUGGAUGAGGAACAUGAGGAACCUCUCUCUGAAAACUACGGACUCUUCCUGAUUAAAUGUGUAAUGCCAAACACAUUGAUUGUUUAAAAAAAUCUAAGUUUUGAGCAUUAAUGAAAUGAAAUCAGUUGAACUGAUCUACAGACUGUUUUUGGAUUAUCUAAAGGAUCUUUACUCUAAUUGGGUCUCCUUGGAGCUGUGCAAAACCUGAUGACGCAUUGUUGUUUUUUCUAGGUUUCAGGAGCUUUAUUUAGGGCAUCUUAACACCUAGAGUCCAUUUCCUUUGGUCCGUAUCAAUUAAUGAGUUUGUUAACUUUUAGCUUUUCAGAUUUAUUUUCACACACGGAAAAAUUCGGACCAGAACGUGUCACUACAAACCACUUGGGAACAUUUAGUCUGUUUAUUGGUCGGAUGUGUCCCCGAAGAGGGAGAACCAAAUGUAAAUACAGAAGCAGAAGCUGCUUUCAUCCAAAAAUGCAAAAUAUUUAAUUAAUUAAUUUUAUUUUUAUCUGCUUAACAAUAAAGUAAACACACAAUAUUUUAAUGAAACAAACACAGUAGUCAGAUUUUUGCAGUAAAGUAGUACUGAAACAUUAAAAUGUGUCUUGCACCUUCGCCUAAUUAGAAGAAAGGCAUACAAUGUCAUAAACAUUUCGGGCCAACUGUUUUCUCUUGUUGGUCUAGAAAACAUGUUUAUUCUCAGCAACAACAAUUGGAUUUGGGUCACUGUUUUGGUUUUGGGGUAAAAUUCCCUGGAUGUUUGUGGUCCUGUUUACUAUAAAAUUAAGCUAAAAGGUGUGUUUACCCUCUGGAGAACUUCAAGAUUUUAAAGUUUAAUAUAUGAACAAAAGAAACUGCCCACACUCUAGGAGUUGUACACUUUUAUCAUGAUUUUGUAUGGCAUAUAUUGUGAUUAUGAUAAAAGUUACGAUGAAAAGAGUAAAGUGUCACUGCAGUCAAAAGCCCACAAACACAAAUACAGCUGUUAAAAAUCAUGCACAUUUUGAAUCACAUGAAAUAAUGACAACAGUUACAUAAGGAAGUGUGAUUUUUAUCACUAAACUGCACACAGUAAGUGCUUUUAAUGACAUUUGUUAUUUAUAGUUUUGCUGCUUUCUUGGAACCAACGGUGGAGAAAUAGUAAAACAAGCUCGACAAUCCAGUCAGUUUUGGGGGUUUUCAGACAUUAAUAAUUAGCAAUUUAUUGUUGUCAAGUCAACAGUCUUAUCAUGCUAACAAAGUUUUCACGAAAAUGAUAAAUGACAUAAUAAAUGUCCACCCCUACCAGGCUCUAUUUUUAAAUUAAAGAAUAUUUCAAAUAUUUUUAUUUAGACCUUUUACAUUUAUUGAUUUUGUAUAAUCUUUAAUUUUCACAAAACUUUGUAAAUAGGCCUGGCAGAGGAUCAGUGACUAACAUGGUUAACUAACAGAUGGUUGGUUUAAGAUUCAGAUUUUGAUUGAGGACUUUCGAUGUUUUGUACCCCUCUUCUCUCCGACACUCAAAAACCAAGAUAAAAAAAAAACCCAAAUGUGAUUGAUUAUUUAGAAUAUCUAAAUUUCCAAAAACCAGUUGGAUGCUUUUAUUUUAGUUGUUAAAAAAGUUUUUUUUUUUCACUUCAACAUAUUGUGUGCUGCUAUUGAAAGUAGUGUACAAAUAAAGUGUCACACAGGAGUUUUGACAUGCAUUUAACGCUCUAUGAGAACUGCGACUUUAGGCACGGUGCUUAUGGCCACCCCUUGGCCACCCCUUGGUUCUGCCCCUGUACAAAAACGUUUGGCUCUGUAAAUGAUUACUUCUUUAUUCGUUUAGCAAAUAAAAUAUGUUUUUUAGUGCACAACAAACAUCUGCUAAGUUAAAAAGCUUCCAAAGACAAUGUGUGCCAAAUGAAAUGAAAAAUGUCAGAGCCCGAGCUGUCAGAAGUGUCUUUUUCCCCCCGAAUCGUAAACAAAUCUGGACGAAUCGAAUCACAUCAUCACGCUGAUGUGGGGCGGGUUGUCCGCCUACUUCCAGCUCACAUCUUUAGUACGAGUCUUGAUGCCAUUAUUUCAGGAUUCUUGCAGUUUAGUUUACCAGAGGCGGUUGAAGAGCGCUGGAGCGUCGGAUUAUAAGACUGUUAUUUUCGCCCAACACUCCUCCACAAGAGGAGGCCGUAAUUUAUGCCCUGUGUUUAACUGUGCAGUAACAGCCGUCAUCUGUUUCAAAGCGCGGAGGGGAAGUCAUUCAGCAACCUCUCAGCACAUGUGACUCGUUAGCUAACAUGGCUAUUAGGCACGCUUAAUUCUUCCUUCUCUCCCCCUUGUUGCUGAAGGCUUACUGAGAGGCACAUAAAUAUCCCGAAUGGAGAAACUAAAAGCAAAGACACGUGAUGAGGGUCGCUUCCUGACCACCGGCUGCAAAGCUAAGCAGUUUCUGUCCACAACAGAGUCCUUGACAUUUUCAUAUCUGCUGACGGUGUGUUGAAGUUGAAGAACAGGAGCGUUCCCAGUUGUCACUCGGUCCAGAUUGGAGUGAGAUUUACAAUGACCCGACCCAGCGCUGGCCAUCCUGGGGAGAUAUCCCAGGUUGACAUCUGAAGAAAUGCCUGCUAGAGGUCAGGGUGAGAGAUGCUGAUUUAUCUAGCCAGAGCCACAUGAUCUACAUGCUCGUCCUCCAUUUAGCUAAUGGGCCUGCUGACAUAAUGACCAUGCUGUCAGGGAGGAAGAGUUAUGGCCUCAUUGUCUUGCUGCUGCUGUUUCUUCUUGGAAUGCUGCAGGAGCUGCAGAUCAGUAGCUGGGAAACAUCUGCAUCUCCUUACACAAGCUGAUAGACUGCGAUGAAAUAACUCCCUGCCUGCCAUGAAUGCAGAGGAUUAGCAACGCCACGCUGGCUAAGAGCACAACGCACAGCGCUGAGUGGAGCUCUGAGCACCGGAGCACUGGAUCUGGCUGGACGUGGAGCAGAUUUUACCGAGGUGAUUACCACAUCGACGUCUGCAUCAACGACUACCUUGACGUCUACUGUCCGCAUUACAUCAGCCUGGUGGCCGACGACCGGGCCGAGCGCUACGUCCUCUACAUGGUAAAUUAUGAUGGCUACAGCUCUUGUGAUCACACUGCCAAGGGCUUCAAGCGGUGGGAGUGCAACAGGCCUCUGUCGCCUAACGGGCCACUCAAGUUCUCCGAGAAGUUCCAGCUCUUCACUCCGUUCUCCUUGGGCUUUGAGUUCCGCCCUGGCAGAGAGUAUUAUUAUAUCUCCUCCCUCACCGACGUCAGAGGAAGGAGGAGCUGCCUUCGGCUCAAGGUCUUCGUCAGGCCCCAAAACAAUUGUGUGAAAAACUCUGGGAGCUCGCAGGAAGGAGUCGAAUUUGAUGAAAACAGUCACAAUUCACUCGAACCCAGAGAUGGAAUCAGUCACGAGUCACCAGAACCAGCCAGAAGAGACGUGAACUCUGCUGGUCGGCACCAGUUUUCCAUCCUGCUCCUGAGCUCCGCCCUCAUGCUCCUGGCUGCCAUCUUAUCGUUAUAGCGGCCAAUCCGAAGGGAAGAGCCCUCUGCCCGGGUAAUGGACUGUCGUGAUUGGACCACAGGCCUCUCUACCCUGCAACACCUCCCUCUUAAAGGAGCACUUUUAAAAAAAAAUACAAAAACACUGAUGAGACUGUCUCCGUCUGAAAGGAGAGGGGAAGAGACUUCAGCAGAGAAGCCUUUGUUUGUUUGUUGAGUUUGUAAAAGCACCAACUAGUCUGGGCGCUGAUGGAAGAGCCUUGCUGUAAUUCACCGUAUGCAGAUACUUCACCAUUUCCUUGUGUUGACAAGACAAGCACACAGACGUCCUUUUUAAAAUGUUCCCCCACAGGACACGAUAUACACAGUCAGAACACUAAUUAGCUCGAAUUGCAAAGAAGCACAGCAGGAUCCUGAAAAAGUUUACAGACUUUUAUUUUCGUUUGGGAAUGCCACCACGUGGAACACGAUUAAGUCUCACCUCGGUGCGAGAGGAACGACGGAGGAUGCUAUGAAGAGACUGCAUAAGAGCUUGGCGCUGUAAUGACUUAACCUUCCUCUCAGGUUAGAAAGGAUGCAUCGUCACGGACUGUGGAUCUGUUAACAGAAAAGAAUAUUAAGGAAGCACUCAUCUCGUUUUUGGACAGAAUCAAUUUAAUGAUCAAUUAAUGCAUUGCUUUUUUUUUUUAAUAUACGAUGUCAGUGUAGCAGCCAACACGGGUGUACAGUAAAAUAUUGGAACAGAGAACAGAUGUGGACAAGGCAUUUUACCAGGCAAAAUGUUAUUUUCCUAUUUAUUGUGAAGUCCUUGCGCUUUUUUUCUGUUCUGGUUUAUUCUGUAAGUACAGAUAGAAAGGUAAUAAAAACAAAUACCCAUCACAGGAUGCUAGUUCAUAUGACACCUUUGUUUUAAAAAAAAAAGAGUUUGUGUCUGUUUGGAAAUGAUCACAUGUGAUGGAUUUAGUUGUUUUUAACAAAGUGUAGGAAAAGAAAAAGAGACUGGUGUUCAUCAGGGUGUAGAAAAUGAGUACUUGUGUUUUGAAUUUGCCACUGACAAAUGUCACAAAGGUAGUUAUGCUGUUGUUUUUGUGGAUCACUAUUUACACUGCUAUUGUAAAUAUAGGCAAAUUUAAAAUUCAGGGAUGUAUCCAUGCCGAACAUGAGAUCAAUAAAAAGAACAACUUUUUAUGGCAAUCUUGAGGGAAAUUUCCCUUGAUUUUUUAAAAGUGUAUGGAACCCAGCUAGAACCAGAUGCAAAAAUAAAGAUUAAAGUAGGCGGAAUAGUGUUUCAUAAAAUUCAUAACUGUUGGUAAGUUGCUUAUUGUCUUUCGUUUGUCAGCAAACAUAAAUUAUAUAUUCUGAGAUUGACUGACGCUGGAUGGUUUCAAAGAUUCAAUAUAUUCAAAAGAUGACACAUGCCCUUCCCAGUUAUUAUCACUCCUGGUAAAAAUGCAUAAAAAAUAAAUAUUUUAUUGCAGUAGAAUAGUCUCAUAAAGAAAAAUUUUUAAAUUAUAACCUUUAAUUCGAGCGCAUUUUUACAGUUGGCAGAAAGUCAACAUUAGGAAAUAAUUGUUUUUAUCUAAUUUGUCACAAAUAAAUAAAUAAUGCUGUACCCAGUAAGUGGCAGGUGGACAAAUAAAAAUGUAUGUGGGGAAAUCAGAGUAAGCUCCCAGUAAGCUGUUUGGACAUUUUUACUUAUUUUCUAUUCCUGCAAACAAUUAACAGAUUUUAAAGUUGACUGAAGUUGCAAAGUUUUACAAAUUCUAAAAGUUCAGUAUGUUUUAAAUAAACCACACAUAGACUGUCCUCUACAAUUAUCAGCAACACUAGUUGCUACACAGUUCUUUUUGUAUAAAUACAUCUUUUUUUGCACUAGCACAACCUCAGCUUGAACAUUUUUUAGAUCUCCAACUGUUAUUUUAACUUAUUUAGUUAGUGGAGAGUAAAUAACCCUUGUUGGUGUUUUUAUAAUGUAAAUCACAGGUAAAUCUCAAGUUUCUGGCAACCUUUAUAAUUCUAACAAUUUGAGGGAAAUUGCCUCGAAUGAAUAAAACAUAUGUAACUCAGCUACCGCCAGGUGCUGAAGUUAAGUUAAAGUUGGGGGGAAUCUGUCCAGUUAGUUUCUAAACGUUAUGCUUUUAGUAAGCUGAUGGAACAGAUUUACUUUAUUUUACUUUUAGUUUUAGUUUUUUGUGUCAUCAAACAUGGAAAUCAGAAUUUAACAUUGACUGAAGUUAGAAAGUUUCACAUAUUCUAGCUUUAAAGUUCAGUGUCUUUGAACUUACACACAUUCAACUCUCUCUGCAAUGAUUAGUACUGCUGCUAAUGUUGUAGAAAAAUUCAAUUAAUCUUUUAUUGCAGCAUAAUAAUUUUGCACUGAAAAAAUAGAGAUCUAACAAUAGAUUUGAGUACAAAUUUUCAGUGGGGAAAAAAAUUCUAAUUAAAAAAAUUAAAUCUUAAUCACUGGUAGCAAAAUUACUGGUACCAGUAAUGAUUCAAACCUGAGGGAAAUUCUCCUCGUUCAAUAAAUAAUAUGCUCUAUUAGUUCCUAAACCAUAAAACUCUUUUGACAGAUUUAUUGAUGGAUUUUCUAUAUUCUUAAAAAUAGGGAAUUAAAUUUAAUUAUUGGCACCCCUGGCAGAGAUUUGUAAAAGGAUUUCUUAUUAUUAUUGUUGUUGCUAUUAUAUUUUUCUGUAUCACUGGGGUAGACACAUUAAAACAACAAAAUUACUAUAAUUCUUGGUGUCUCUAAAAUUCAAAUGAAAACAAAUGUAACUGAAGCAGUUUUAUACUUUGGUUAUUUAUGUUGAUCAUGGUGUUUUGGGACUUAUAGGUUAUAAAUAUGGUGUGACAAAGGCCUUUUGCUAUUAGUUACCCUUUAAAAUGGGAAAGAGAAGAGAACAUGUCUUUCAAGUAAGGCAGUUGUAUAUUGAUCUUCAUAGGUUAGGAAAUUGCAACAGGAAUAAAGUUAUUCAAAAAUACCCAUGAAAAGAUAUUAUGGGGGAAUUGUGUAGAGUGAUAACAGUAUGGAUCUUAAAAUAGAGCCUUGAGGUACUUCACAAGAGAAAUCUGUACCAUGCUAGAGCAGAACCUACAGUCAGUCAAAGCAAUAAAUUGUCUUUAAAACAACUAGAGUUCUGAUAAGCAUGAGAGGACAAGGCCCAACACACACAUUUAAGAGGAGUUAAGAGAAAAAUAAAAAAAAUCUCCAUAACAACCUUUGAUUUUAAGUCAUUUAACCAACAGGAGUGCUAAUAAUUGUAGAGGGCACUUUAUUCUUUAAUACCCUAACCACCAAGUAACAGACAAGAAGCCACAGCUUAAUUUUAAUUUUUCAAAUAUCAUACAUUACACUGGACAACAAACAUUAAUGCCUUCAAGCGACAAGUUGUAAGAAAAUUUGUUUUGAGUUUGGACAUUUGAUUGAAAUUAUAGAAAUAUCUGCCUUUUACUUAAUUAGGUUGUUCUUUUAAAUCUACAUUUAAAUCUAAUUAAAAAUAUAUUUAUUUUUACACCUGGCAUGAACUGGGCUCCACAUCGGUGAGAUUUAUCUUUAAAACAGUAAAAACUAUUUACAAAGCAGGCAGCAGAGGUGCGCAUUGGGUUGCCAGCUGAGUGAUUCAGUUUCUCUCUUUGAUGUUGGGUAAAGUGUUGUCUGAACAGAAAAUCCACCAUGUACCGGUUAUUUCUGGAAUGAAAAAUUGACCCCCAGAGAAGAAGGAAAACACAGAGUGUGGUCAACGAAAUCUGAACCUCUCCUAGAGCUGGAACUGAGAGGGGAAAAUGAGGGAGUAAGAAACAUGUGAGGAGGCUGUUUCAAUGCAACACUAUGUUCAUAUUUAGUCAGCUGUCAAUGCACAAAGCCUUGUGGUUACAGGUCUGUGCUAACUGCUCCUUGCAGGGAAGUAUUAGGGGAACUGUUAAAGUAAAAAAAAAAAAAAAGAUUAAAUCAGGAUUUAAAUUGGGCUUUAGAGAAAAUUAAAUCAGAAAUUUAAUGUGUCACCAAGAAUGUAAAGUUCAAGUUUUAUUCUUUCUUUAUAACAUUUUUCAGAUAAGUAUGUAUUUAAUUGUUAACUUUUUAAAGAAAAAGUUAAAGUUGCUAUUGAAGUAAAAGUGUGAAUUUAUGAAACAUCACAUAUUAAAAGAUACAAAUUUAGUUUUCAGGAUGAAUUUGUAAUAAUAUUAACAGAAGCUUUAAUAAGGAAAAUCAAUUUUUACAAGAGAAUAUAAUUAUGUACCAUUCGAAUAAAAGAUAUCUUAAUUACAAAUCUUGCUAGAAUCAUAAUUUGGAGCAGAAUUGUAGUUUUGUUCCAAUAAAGCUUACAAACAAUUUGCAUAAGAGCAAAAUAUACUUUUUUUAAAAUCAUAACAGGAAAUGAUAAUUGAUUCUAUCAAAAUCUAAAUUUUGAAAACUGUCCUUUUGAAAGCUCAGUCUUUGUAUGUUGGCUUUUUAACUUUUAACUACAGUUUAUAGCAGUUAGAAUGAAUUCAGUUUGGAGAAUCAGAUAUUCUCAUUGAAGAGUCACGGCUACUCAGAUUGGGGCCUACUCAAAACAAACGUUCACCUUCUGAAACAACUAAAAAAUAAAUAUUUCUUUGUUUGGGCGAACUCUUUAUCAGGUAUUUUAACACCUGCUAAAUAAUGACAUUCGUGUUCCUAUACUAAAUUAAAAAAAAUAGAAGUUGCUGCAUUCAACAAUCUCAAAUAGUGGAGUCCUAGUUUUAUCAAUUUGACCAAUGGUUUUUCAAAUUUUCAUUACUACUAUCUAUAUUUAUUUAUUCUUUAAAGUGGAAUUAUAAUUCACUCGAAAUUUGUUUAGGAGCCUCCGCUGAUGCACUUAAUAAAUCACCACACACAUUUUUGGCUGAGAACAUUGUGACAAUGAAAACAACUCAAUCUAGUUAAACUGACUAGUUUGAAUCUACCAAUUAGCUUUACUUAUUACCUGUUAGCUUGACUGUGAAUCUCAUUGUUAGCUUGAGUAUGUACAUGCUUGGCUAGUUGCUAACUUGAGUAGCUUUUAGUUCAACUCUGAGUAGCUGUCAACUCGACCGAAAGAUUAUUAGUUUGACACUGAGUGGCUAUUAGCUACCAGCUUUACUCUGAGUAUAUGGUAGCUUGUGUAGCUUUUAGUUAGACUUUGACCAGCUAUUACCUUGAUGUUGACUACUAGCUAGAGCAGCAAUUAGCUUGGCUUUAUGUACCUGCUAGCUUGUGUGGCUGUAGCUUGAUUCUGAUCAGCUGUUAACAUCACUUUAGCUAGCCCCCAGCUUUUGUAACUAUUAGCUUGACUCUGUAGCUUUCUGACUGACUCUAACUAGCUGGUACCUGGACUAGCUAUUAGCUCAACUAUAAGUAGCUGUUAUCUAGGCUUUUAUGGCUAUUGGCUUGGCUCUUAAUGGCUGUUAGCCAGACAUGAACGACAUGCAAACCCAUUUCAGAAACAUUUAAAAAUUUAACUUUUACCUUUAAUUGCAGCCCUAAUACUCCAAAACUGAGCAGACCAAAGUUUAGCAACUCAGCUUUUUAUAAAAUUCUGCCUUCUUUUUGAAAAUAGUAAAUCAGAACCUUUGUAUUGUUUGGUAAACUGAAACUGAUGAGUAAAACUGCUGGAGUGCCACGUUAAAAUGUAAUUCAAGAUCUCUUUACUAAACCCCUUCAAAGUUCAACAUUUGGAGCUGAUUUUGUUUGUUUUAACUGGAUAGAAUUAUCGCCUUCAUCUGUCAGCGACCUUAUUCUGGAUCUGUUUUCUUACAUAGUUGGCAAAGUUGUGUUACUGUUUGGACUGACUAAAAACCCAAGAGUGAAACUAGACCAUUGAAGUAUUAAUUUGAGAAGACUAAAUAGUCAUAUAAUUCAUAACCUGGUGUCGUGAUAGUUUAAUUACAAAAAUGGAGUUGAGGAGGUGAAAUAGUUGAGUGACUUUUCCUGUUGAGACUUAACGUUAUAAAUACAGCAUGAGUUAAACGAUCGCCUGCGGUCAGAAAAAAAACAGUCAGAUCUUUUCCUGGAUACUGUGUAUCCCAACGCUUAGUCUGUUGUAAGCCACUCUGUAAUGUUCUGCACCUCUUUUUAGGGAUGACUCAAACCAACACAUUAACAAGAUGAACAAGUUUGAUACAGAACCUGCUGACUUUCAUUUUAUAUGUCUUUUAUAUAAAAAAUAAGAACUAACGGCCUCGUAUCUGUAGAUAUUUUUAUCCAAAUAGCUGAUGCACAUGACAUGCAGUAGGCUCAUGUUACAAUCAUUAAUCGUGAGAUGCUGAAUGAAAGCAAGAAAUAGAAGAUCUGUCCUCCUGGUUCUUUUUUUAGGUUCAUUAUGUUGCUGGAAAUAUCUGGAAGGCUCAAGAUGUGCUGUGUUUCUGUUUUAUCUUCACACCCUCAGGUGUUUUCAAGCUGACCGAUGAGAUGGAUAGCUUUGGUUUCUGCAUCAAAUAUUCAUGUUUCAUGACUUCUUUAUGAAAAUCCACAACAUGUAGGGUGGAUAAUGUGUUCAGAAGGACUUUGUCACCUGAUUUAGGUACCUUAUAGAUAUUACCACCUUGUCCUUGCUUUGCAGCAUCUGUUCUUCUUUAUCUUAUAAUCUUAUGUAUGUUUUUGUCAGUGGGAACAUUUUUCCUACUCAUUUCCCCCCACAGCAAGACGUGGAUGUGGCACAAAACCGCACACUUGUUUUAACGUUGUUGUGAUUGUACCUUGUGCCUAAAUGAGUCCCAUCUAAACUCUUCUAAUGUCUUUUUUCCUGUUCAGUCUCUCACCAGACUUUUCUACAAAAAGGCCAUGUCUUUGUAAAUACACAUAUUGGAGCAGCUAUGACUAACUGAAAGAAACAAAAAAAAAGGUUUAAUAAAUAUUUCCUUGUGGUUGUAA